AUGGAUCCCAUCUCUCUGUUCGCUCCUCUGUUCUCUGGGAUUAAUCUGGGCUGUUCCUUUCCUUACAAGACCGACACAGCAUCUGGAGAAUUACUGGAGAGGGAUAAAGAAGAUGGGAAGUUAUUGGGGAAGUGUGUGGAGGAAUUGAAGAAGAAAGGUUUGGAGUUUGAUUUGUUGAAGGAAGUUGAUGCACUUCGAAGGGCUAAAAGUUUGAGGGUUGAAGGUAAAGCAGUGAAGAAAUGGUCAAUGAGAGACUCUGUUACUCUGUUUUUAUUCACUGUUUCUUGUUUAGUUCUUGUUCUUACUAGGGUCAUUCUCUGCAAUUGA